AUGGAAUUAUAUAAUUCUAUGUUUAUUUUAUAUUAUUGUAUAUUGUUCUGAUUAUGGAAAAUCAUCUUGAUCAUAAGUUCAAUGAUACAGAACUUGAUUCAAAAUUAUUUUAUGAAAAGAUUCAACGAAAUUACUCAGACUGUAAUCAACCAUGGAAUAUACUUGGUGAAGUUAUUAAACAAGUGAAACAAGAAUGUUUUGAACGUGUAAAAUGUUUGGAACAAGAAAAUGUAAUUCUUCAACAACGUUAUAAAGAACUUGAAGAAAGGGUUCUACCUCUAACAAAAUCAUUAAAUGGACAAGAAGAUCUUAAAGAAUAUUUAAAAUGUUUAUAUUCUAAUCAAAUGAAUUCAACUACAGUAAACUUAACAUCAACUUCAUAUGUUAAUAUGAAGAAUUCUAAUACAAUGGAACUGCUAACUAAUCUUUUACUUUAUACAAAUAUAUCGCAAAAAGAUAUCCUAUUAAAUUAUCAUCAAUUACAUAAAAGAGUAGCUCAAUUGGAACGAAUUAAUUCUUUAUUAUGUUCAAUUAUAUGUGACGGUGGAUUCAUUUCAAUCUUAGAUAAGAAACUAUUAAGCUAUAAUAAUACUAAUCAUGAAACAAAUUCAACAUUCCAUUCCCGUUUAAAGAAUUUAUCAAGGAUGAAUUAUCAUUCAGUAGAAAAUUUAUCUUCAUAUAAUACUACUAAUGAAACUACUGAUAAACAUAAUACAAUUUCAUACAACAAUAUUAAUACUACCACUAGUACUAGUGCUAAUACUGCUACUACUACUACUGCUACUGCUACUGCUACUGCUACUAUUACUACUACUGCUACUAAUACUAAUACUACUACUAAUAAUAAUAGUGACAUUAAAACUAAUGAUUUUGUACAGAAUACUAGGGAUAAUUAUCAGUCAUGUUUAUCGAAUAAAUGUACACUUCAACACCGACCGACUACCAACCGACCAACAGUUCAACAACCGUUCGAUUCUACACAUAUGAAUAUUUCACAAUUCUAUAAAGAACAACAAUUGAAUUCAAUAAAAUUCACCUGGAUACAAUCAAAAUCUUUACCUAAUUUAAAAAUCAAUUCAAAAAUAACAAAAAAAACUUCUGUAUGGAAAAAUUCUUUUAAACUAAUCACUCAUUCAUUAUCUUUACUUCCUAUCACAAAUUAUUCCAUUCAACAUUUUAAUAAACAAACAAAUUUGAUAAAUAAUUUAAAAAUAUCACCUAGUUACCAUGUAGUAACACAAAUGAUCGAUCAUCAGAAUGAUCCAAUUUCUAAUCAAAUUAAACCUCAUAUCAAUAAAUUCAAUCAAUUAUUAUUAUUAUUACCUAAAGGAUCGAUACAAUUACAUAAUCAAUAUUAUAAUCAUAAAUCACAUCAUUCUAUGAGAUUAGAAACAAAAAGUUUACCAUUAUUAUCAUCAAUUGAUUAUUGGAAAAAUACAUUGAAAACUUCUUUAUCCAAUCAUAUUCAUUUCAUACAUUCAUAUUCAUUAUGUAAUUUACAUAGGAAUAAUAAUAUUCCAUUGAAUACUAUCAUGGAAGUCAAUUGUUAUCCAUCAAAUGAUCAUAAAUUACUAAUCAAUCAUAAUAGUUCAGAUCAUAAUAAUCAUAAAGAGGAUCAUCAUUUAAAGGUUAAUCAUUGUAUUGAAAAGAAAAUAAGUAAUUGUAUUCAACAACCUAAAGUUUAUAUAACAUCUAAUCAAAGUAUUGAAUAUUUAUCAAAUUCAAAACAAAUUUUAUGCAGGGAUCAAAAAUUACGUUAUCAUUAUCCAUUACGUUCUACAAUAUUUCAUUCAAAUACAAUGAAAUUAAUGAAUAUCAAGAAAUUCACUAAAAGUUAUGAUUUAGAAAGUCAUUUAACUUAUUAUGAUACAUUUCGUAAAUUUCAUAAUGCACGUAAAAAUUUACAAUUUGGUGUAUUUAGUGAUACAGAAUUAUUAACUAGUAAAUUUACAAUUACAUCUACGGAUGAUUCUGCUAUUGAUAGUUGUUGUGAUGAUGAUCAUGAUGAUGAUGAUGAUGAUGGUGGUGAAUUGCAUAGUUCUAUAGAUUCAUUAUAUAUUAAAAAUUAUUUCAUCAAAUCAAAUAGAAAAAGAAAUGAUGUAAUGACGAGUAAUAAUAAUAAUAAUAAUAGUUGCCAUGGCAACAGUAAUAAUCAAGAUACAAAUCAUAGUAACGGUAAUAGAUUGAAACGGAUAUCAACUAUAUCAAAUACAAAUGAUCAUAAUAAUGAGAAAUAUGAUAAACAUUCUAAUGAACCAUUGAAUUCAAUCAAUAUUGAAAUGAAAAGAUCAAUAAUUAAAAAUACAAAUAAAAAUUACACUUCCAUUGUAUCUAAUGAGAAACAGAAAAGUAUUGAAUGUAAUAAUACAAUACAAACAUUGAAGAAUAUUAAUCCACUGGAAGUAAACAAUGUUUUAGAAUGUAGAAAACAUUCUUUGGAUCCAAAAUCCCUUAAAAAUUCUCCUGAAAUCUCAAGUGAUUCCCAAUGUAAUCUCAAAGUUGUUGCUCCACCACCAGUGGUAAUCUAUCGGAGAAGAUUUCAGAAGCUUCCAUCGAAAAGAAUAUCAAAGUUUACUGAUCGACAAAAAUCUGCUAAUUGUAAAAAUUUGGAAGAAAUAAAGUCCUCUGUAAAUAAGACUGAAAAUACAAUGAACACUGCUCUAACUGUUGAUAAUCAAUUACAGACAGAAAUGAAACAUUCAAAGAUAACUUUAUCUAGUGAGAAUAGUCAUAGUAAUAACUCACAAGUGAUUAAAGUAACCUCUCAGUCCAAUAUGUCUACCUCUGAUUUAAUCUCACUGGAACAAAAUAAACUUUCUUUUCAAAAUGUUACAACCGUGAAACAAUCCCAAAUUGGCAAACUUGGAAAUAAUCGUUCCAUGAAAUCAUUACAGAGACCGAAACACUCCUCAAAUAAUAAAACAUCGUCAUCAUCAUCAUCAUCAAUAAUAUCUAUUUCACAGAAUUCAAAAAUAAGACUACCUCAAUAUGACGGUACUACAACAAGUCUGCCAGUAUCACCGAUCAUAUCUUCUUGUUCUAAUGAAAUGAAACAUUUUGUAAAUGAUAAACCUAUUCCUAACUAUUCUCAUUCUAUAUCAUCGUCUAUGAUAUUGAAACCAACAACAAAUCAUAUCAAUCAAUCUUGUAUUUCUAACACAUUGAAUUCCUCUGAAAUUCAUCGUCUAAGAACUAUAUCACAUAGUCCAAUGAAAUCUCUUUCCAAUACAACAUCAAACAAUCAAAAAGAUUUUAAAACAAACUUUAUUUCAUCAUCAUCUCCUCCUUCUUCUUCUUCUUCUUCAAAAUCAUCUCCAACAUCACCAAUUUUAUCAUUAAAUACUAACAUUUCUAAUAUCAUAUCUAAUGAAAAUUGUAGUUUACAAUCAUCACUGGUUGAUAGUAAAACUAUGUUCACUGAAAAGAUUCCAAAGAUCCCUCUUCCUACUACUACUCCUUCUUCUUCUUUGUCCUCUUCUUCUUCUUCAAAUACCACAGCUAUGAUAGAUUCAUCUUUGAAAAAGUUCAGUAAAAUUAUUAAUAAACCUAAAGUUCAUUCAGAGAAAUUAAAUAGACGUACAAUUUAUAAUAAUCAAAUGACAGAAUAUAAUAAACUUACUCCUUUAUUAUCUAUACCACCACCUAUACCACCACGUACUACAUCAAGAUCACAAUCAAAUCAAGGAAAAAUGAUAAUACUAAAGUCGAAAUGUCUUAGUGUUCAUAAUAGUCCUUAUAUGUCUAAUCUAAAUGAAGUGGAUAGUCUUAAAGAUACAAGUAGUUGUUAUCAUAAUUACUCUUUAAAACUUCAUUCAUCACCUAUAAAUCAUGGUAAAAUCAAUAUGAAUCAAUCACAAAGUGAUUCCUUGAAUGAACUAAACAAUGUAAGUAAUAAUAAUAAUAGGAAAUUGUCAUCUUUAUCUUCACAAUGGAAACGUCCAAUUCAAUCUAAAAUAGCUACAGCUGUUGAAACACUUUAUAAACGUCCUAUAGAACAUUCAAGUAAUUCAGCAACAUCAAUAUCAUCAUCAUCACCAUCAUCAUCUUCAGGGAUUAUUUUCACAACUCCUCAUGAUGAUCAUCAUUUAACUGAUUCAUCAAAAUAUAUUACUAAUAAACGAUGUCAUAAACAGUAUAACAAUACACAGAAUAUAAAGGAUAUGAAUAAUGAACAAAUAGAGCAUAGAUUAAUAUAUCCAACAAAUUAUUAUAAUCAUACAAUAGAUAAUACAGAUUUUCAUGCUCAAUUAAAUACAACUACUACAAUAACAACAUCAAUGACACCAAUAAAUGAGAAUAAACUAAUUGAAACUUCAUAUCCACAUCAACAAUGUGCAUUACAUUUACAAAAAUAUUCUCAUUCUUAUCUUCCACAACAUCACCAUCAUCAUCACCACCACCAGCAGCAGCAGCAGCAGCACCACCACCACCACCACCACCAGCAGCAGCAACAACAACAACCAUUGUAUCAUUCUCAACAUUCACAACUGUUCCAACCAAAUUUACAUUAUCAUCAUCAUCAGCAGCAGCAGCAGCAACAUCAGCAGCAGCAGCAGCAUCAGCAUCAGCAUACAGUCAAUGAUAGUCCCACUAGUCAUAAUAUAACAAUAUCUGAUCCAUUCAUUUAUACUAAACAUCCAUCCUCAAUUUAUACAAUAAACAAAUUAUUAAAUAAUAAAAUAAAUUAAAACAAAAAGAAACCCAAUGACACUAUUCAAUCAUCAUGUCAAUAUAAACUAAUGUCAUGUACAGUGUUAUGAGUGUAUCAUUUAAUUGGAUAAUAAAGAGUAGGGAGGCGGGGGGGGGGCUAGGGUAAUGUACACAAUACACAUAGGUGAUAUUAUGAAGAAAGAGAAGAAGAAGGAGAAGAAGAAGAAAAGGAACAGAAUGACACUACUUAUGUUUAUUUGUUCGUUUGUUUUUUCAUCUUAUCUAUUAUGAUCAUUUCAAUAAAAGAAUCAAUGAAUAGUAGGUACUAUACUACUGAAUAAUUAUUGUACAGUUGUAUAGUAAUGAAUUAAUGUUUAUUCAUUUAUAUUUCUUUUCAUAAUGUAUAAUCUAAUGUAUGAUUUUGAGAUAGGAGAGAAGAUUUAUAGCUCAGGU